AUAAUUUGAAAUGGUAACACAAUACCCUGAUAAAGUUGAUGAGCUUCUUUUGAAAACAAGAGAUAAUUUAGCUCUUAUGAACGAUAUUUUUACGAAUGGUUACAAAGAUGAUGUGGAUGAAUCUUCUCUACUACAGUCACUUGUAAACAAAACAAACUUAAAUGUUAAGAACUUGUCUCAUGAACUUGCACUGAAAGCAGCAGGAGAAUACUGCUCGCCAAUAGAAUAUCCUAACGACAUCCCGAAAAUGAGUGACCAAUGUUUAUUGGCACAACGACCGAAAGUUUCUCUAGAAAUAAAUGAGAACAAUCAAACAAAUCUCAGCACAAAAGAAAAUGGUCAAAUAGAUGCAAUAGACCUUUAUCCGCUAAAAAAUUUAAGUCCUGGUGAAAAAUUCAAAUUAGAAAAUGCUUUGAAAAUAUUAAGUGAUCCAAGUCAUCCAUUCAAUCGUCAAACAGUAGAAAAUACAUACGGAAUACAAUUGCCAACAAUAUUACACACACGUGUUACCGAAGAACAACAACAAAAAAAAUUACAAGAAACUAAGAGUCAAUCAAAUGUUCCAUUGACUACUGUUAAAAAAAAGAAAAAUUUAAAAGUAUGUUAUGAAAUAUUGUGA